AUGAUUGAGCUCAAGAUGGAAGACCUGCCCGCGUUGGCAUUCACAUCCAUCGACGCUGUACCUGCCAUCCACCAGCGCGUUGUUGACAAAUUCCACACCCACGGCACACGGCCACUACAAUAUCGUCUCAAGCAACUCCGCCAGCUGUACUGGGGGCUGAAGGAUGUCGAACCCGCACUGCUCGAGGCCAUGAAGCWCGAUUUGGGUAAGAGCGCGAUGGAGGCCUACUUGUCCGAGGUCGGGUGGGUACUGAACGAUAUCUUGUUCAUGUGCAAGAAUCUCGAGCGGUUCAUGAAGGACGAAAAGGCCGAAGACACAUCGUGGACGAACAUGGCUAUGAGCCCGCGCAUCCGCAAGGACCCGCUGGGUGCUGUGCUGGUCAUUGGCGCGUACAAUUUCCCGCUCCAGCUGUCUCUGGGUCCGCUGGUCGGAGCCAUCGCGGCUGGAUGCACGGCGGUGCUCAAGCCGUCUGAAAAUGCCACGCACGCCGCGAGAAUCAUGCAGCACGUCGUGGCCCAGUCCCUGGACCCGGAUGGCUAUCAAGUCGUCCAAGGUGGCGUUCCUGAGACGACCGCUCUGCUGGCUUGCAAGUGGGAUAAGAUUUUCUACACGGGAAACGCGGCCGUCGGCACGAUUGUAGCCAAGAAAGCAGCAGAGACACUCACUCCUGUGACGCUAGAGCUCGGCGGGAGAAACCCGGCCAUUGUCACCAAGAACGCCGACCCUCGUCUCGCUGCGAGACGUCUGCUCUGGGCAAAACUGUUGAAUGUUGGUCAAGUCUGUGUCAGCCAAAACUACAUUCUUGUUGACAAAGACCUACUUCCCGAGUUCGUCCGACAGCUUGAGCUGGCAUUCCGGGAGUUCCAGCCCAAGGGAGCCGAGCACGAGGAGGGCUAUGGCAAGGUCAUCAACGAGCGCCAAUGGCAACGCCUGAGAGAUAUGCUUGACAGCACCAGGGGCAAGAUCAUUAUGGGGGGCAAGACAGACAAGUCGAAACUGUUCUUCGAGCCCACGGUCGUGCAGGUGAACGACGCCGAGGAUCCACUAUUGGCUGAUGAGAGCUUCGGACCUCUGAUUCCAAUCUUGCCAGUAAAUGACUUGGACGAAGCCAUCCGUACGGCUAACAAAGUGCACGCAACGCCACUGGGGCUGUACCCUUUUGGCAGCAAGGCCGAAACCGACAAGAUUUUGUCCCAGACACGGUCCGGUGGCGCUUCGGUCAAUGAUGGCUUCUUCCAUGCCUCCAUCCCCACCCUUGCCUUCGGUGGUGUUGGCGACAGCGGUACAGGCGCAUAUCGUGGUCGAGCCAGCUUUGAGUGCUUCUCUCACAGACGCUCCAUCACCUCCACCCCGGCUUGGCUGGAGGGUAUGCUAGAUAUCCGCUACCCACCAUACACCGAUGCCAAGUUGAAAAAGUUCAAGAAGAUGAGCGAAUUGAAGCCCGACUUCGAUCGAAAUGGUAACCCAACCGGUGGACUCAUUUGGUGGGCAUUAGGUUUGGGAGGCAAAAGCACAGCAUCUGGUGCAGGAAGGUGGGUAUUGGUGGCUAUAAUUGCGGCGAUGGUAAAGUGGAGGCUGACGAAUGCGUAA